AUGUUACUGUGUCGAACAUUAAAUUGUAAAUGCCAGGCCUGUCGCAUUACCGGACACGUCUUGUCGGCCGGCCUGCGGUAUUUCGUGAUAGGUAUUUGGAGAACAUUUAAGAAAGAAAGAAACCGGACUGAAGAAAGUUGUACCAAAAUGAGUGGGUCUGUAAAGUUGCUCCAAACAUGUAGGCCUAUACAGCGGUCAUGGCAGUUCAGAUUGUCAAGUUCUUCUGCAGCAGCACCCCCUACACAGGGGGUGCCUUAUACAAAACUUAGUGUAGGAGUACCAAAAGAAAUAUGGAAUAAUGAAAAAAGGGUUGCUGUUGUACCAGCAGUAGUUAGCAAAUUGAUUAAAAAAGGCUUCACUGUUAAUAUUGAAGAGAACGCAGGAGCAUUAGCUAAUUUCCCUAAUAAAUCUUACGAGGAAGCAGGAGCCAAUGUUACUAACUUAAAGGACACAUUCCAGUCUGAUAUUAUAUUAAAAGUCCGUCCAUUAGUAAUAAAUGAAGUACAAAACGUAAAAGCUCAAGGCACGCUUAUAUCUUUCUUAUACCCAGCACAGAAUCAAGAGUUAAUAAAAGAACUCGCAGCUAAAAAAGUGAAUGCAUUUGCAAUGGAUUGUGUACCGCGUAUUAGUCGUGCUCAAGCAUUUGAUGCACUUAGUUCAAUGGCAAAUGUAGCAGGAUACCGAGCUGUGAUCGAAGCUGCGGCGCAUUUUCCACGAUUUUUUACAGGUCAAAUGACAGCAGCUGGGCGGGUCCCACCAUGCCGUGUUUUAGUUAUCGGAGGUGGAGUAGCUGGCCUGGCCGCGGCCGCACAGGCGCGCUGUAUGGGCGCCGCAGUACGCGCCUUUGAUACGCGUCCCACCGUCCGAGAGCAAAUUGAAAGUCUCGGUGCUCAAUUUAUUACCAUGGAAAUGAAGGAGGAGGGCGCCGGUGAAGGUGGAUAUGCUAAGGAGAUGAGCAAAGAGUUCCUUGAUGCUGAGAGGGCACUCCUUGGAAAGGAGGCUAGAUCGUCUGAUGUAGUAAUCAGUACUGCGCUCAUCCCCGGUAAACCGGCACCUAUACUUAUUCUUGAGGACGCGGUCCGCGGAAUGACUCCUGGAAGUGUGAUAGUAGAUCUAGCGGCGGAGAUGGGUGGCAAUGUUGAGACAACAAAAAAGGGUGAAAUAGCCAAAGUGCAUGGUGUCACACAUAUUGGUCUCACGGACCUGCCCAGUCGGAUGCCAGCACACGCCUCUACGCUCUACGCGAACAACAUAUCUGGAUUAUUGUUUAGCUUAGGUUCGAAUGAUCACUUCCACAUUAAUUUAGAGGACGAAGUGACUCGCGGGUCAAUAGUACUCAAGGCGGGCGAACUUCUCUGGCCGGCGCCGCCGCCACCCAGCAUGGUGGCCGCGCAGACUGCUGCCGCGCCCACUGCCGCUGUCAAAGUGGACCCACCCAACCCUUUCAACGAAACUUUAAAGGACGCCUUCUUAUAUUCUACUGGAAUGGCUAGUUUGAUUGGAUUAGGAAUAGCAUCACCAAAUCCUGCUUUCACAACUAUGACGACGACACUAGCUUUAUCAGGAGUGGUAGGUUAUCACACAGUAUGGGGCGUGGUGCCCGCUCUACAUUCACCACUCAUGUCGGUGACCAAUGCCGUAUCGGGCAUCACUGCUGUCGGUGGCUUGCUACUUAUGGGCGGAGGUUAUGUCCCGGAGACUCCUGUGCAGUGGUUAGCAAGUACUGCGGCUCUGAUAUCAUUUGUCAACGUUUUCGGUGGAUUUUUGGUUACGCAGCGUAUGCUUGACAUGUUCAAGAGGCCUGGUGAUCCGCCAGAAUAUGGCUACUUGUACGCUAUUCCCGCUGCUGCCCUUCUCGGUGGUUACAUAACCACUGCUAUGCAGGGAUAUCCAGAAGUCCACCAAAUGGCUUAUUUAGCGUCUUCUCUUUGCUGUGUGGGAGCUCUAGCUGGCCUCAGUUCUCAAGUAACAGCUCGAAAGGGAAAUUAUUUGGGAAUGAUUGGUGUGGCCGGGGGUAUUGCUGCAACACUAGGAGCUCUUACUCCCAGUACUGAGGUGUUGGUUCAAAUGUUGGCGGUAGCUGGAAUUGGUGGUGCUAUUGGUGGUACCAUUGCUAAGAAAAUAGAGAUAACCGAUCUACCUCAACUGGUGGCCGGCUUCCACAGUCUUGUCGGUAUGGCGGCGGUGUUGACAUGCCUUGCGACAUACAUGCACGAUUUCCCCGCGAUGGCUUUAGAUCCGACUGCUGCGACUCUUAAGACAUCCUUGUUCCUCGGCACAUACAUCGGAGGCAUUACAUUCACUGGGUCACUGGUGGCAUAUGGCAAACUACAAGGCUCUCUAUCUUCGGCCCCCUUGCUGUUGCCGGGCCGUCACGCGAUAAACGCAGGGCUGUUGGCCGGCUCGCUCGGCUGUGGGGGCGCGCUGCUCGCCUUCCCGGACGUGCCCGGCCUGCCCCUGCUCUCCGCCGCGGCGAUACUCAGCGGCAUUCAGGGACUUACACUUACCGCUGCCAUCGGAGGUGCCGAUAUGCCGGUGGUAAUCACAGUCCUCAACAGCUAUUCCGGGUGGGCUCUGUGCGCUGAAGGGUUCAUGCUCAACAAUUCUCUGAUGACUAUUGUAGGAGCCCUCAUCGGUAGCUCUGGUGCUAUCCUCUCCUAUAUCAUGUGCAAGGCCAUGAACCGAUCGCUACCUAAUGUGAUCCUGGGUGGAUACGGCGUAGCGACAGGCGGAACUGCGCGUCCCGCGGGCGCGACUCACACUGAACUCAACGUAGACUCUGUCGCUGAUCUCAUUUACCGCGCCACCAACAUUAUUAUUACACCUGGUUACGGACUCUGCGUAGCAAAGGCGCAAUAUCCCAUUGCAGAAUUAGUGCAGAUUUUGAAAGGAAUCGGCAAAAAAGUUCGAUUUGCGAUCCAUCCAGUGGCAGGUCGUAUGCCUGGACAAUUAAAUGUACUUCUUGCUGAGGCUGGCGUUCCUUAUGAUGACGUAUUUGAAAUGGAAGAAAUUAAUGACGAAUUCCCUGAAACGGACCUUGUCUUAGUCAUUGGAGCCAACGAUACCGUAAAUAGUGCAGCUGAAGAUGAUCCUAAUUCCCCGAUCGCCGGAAUGCCUGUACUUAAAGUCUGGAAAUCCAACCAGGUUGUAGUAAUGAAGAGAUCAAUGGGAGUUGGAUACGCCGCUGUAGAUAAUCCUAUUUUCUAUAAUCCUAACACCGCCAUGUUGCUCGGAGACGCUAAGAAGACUUGCGAUGCACUUCUCGAACGUAUUAAACAUCUCGCUGAUUAA